GGGAUAUCAAAGACUGGCACACCGGGCAGGACUCCGGGCAGCGGCACACCGGGCUGGACUCCGGGCAGAGGCACAUCGAGCAGAGGCACAUCGAGCAGAGGCACAUCGGGCAGAGGCACACCGGGCAGAGGCACAUCGGGCAGGACUCCGGGCAGAGGCACAUCGGGCAGGACUCCGGGCAGAGGCACAUCGGGCAGGACUCCGGGCAGAGGCACACCGGGCAGAGGCACAUCGGGCAUCGGGUCACCAGGUAUGACAGCGGGCACUGGGUCGCCAGGCAUCAGGUCAUCUGGCAAGGCAGUGGGCACCGCGUCACCAGGCAUUGGAUCGUCUGGCUCGACAGCGGGCAUCGGGUCACCAGGUAUGACAGCGGGCACUGGGUCACCAGGCAUCAGGUCAUUUGGCUUGCCAGCGGGCACCGCGUCAUCUGGCAAGGCAGUGGGCACCGGGUCACCAGGUAUGACAGCGGGCUCUGAGUCAAUUGGCACGACAGCGGGCACUGGAUCAGGUACCGGAUCAUCUGGAUCAACAGCGGGCAUCGAGUCAACUGGCCUAAUAGGAUCGUCGGGCUGGAUCAGCAGGCAGGCAUCAGGCCGAGUACAGGCAUCAGGCCGAGUACAGGCA